GAUCACUCAGUCAACAUAGGAGGGUUUUCCAUUCUUUCACAGACCGUGUUCCUCUUCUCGCUUCAGGGUUUUACUACACCUCCAACAUUUUCUGGGUGGAUGAUCUGUUGCGAAAUAUCAAGAGGAAGAGGACAAUGGCAAAUCAAGCAGCUACCGCUUUCAGUGGAAAUUUGAAGAAAGCACUUGCUGGACUGAGACGUAUUGAUCUAGAUGGUCUGAGAUGGAGAGUGUUUGAUGCUAAAGGCCAGGUUCUUGGAAGAUUAGCAUCUCAAAUAUCAACUGUGGUUCAAGGCAAGGAUAAGCCAACAUAUGCACCAAAUCGGGAUGAUGGGGAUAUGUGCAUUGUGCUCAAUGCCAAAGAUGUCUGUGUUACAGGGAGAAAGCUCACUGAUAAGUUUUACCGUUGGCAUACUGGGUAUGUGGGACACCUCAAGGAAAGAAGUUUGAAAGACCAAAUGGCCAAAGACCCGACAGAAGUCAUUCGGAAAGCUGUGCUUCGUAUGCUUCCAAGGAACAAAUUACGUGAUGAUAGAGAUAGAAAGCUCAGAAUAUUUACAGGAAGCGAACAUCCAUUUGGAGAUAGACCCAUUGAACCAUAUGUCAUGCCUCCUCGGACAGUAAGGGAAAUGCGUCCCCGUGCUAGACGAGCUUUAGUACGAGCUCAGAAAAAGGCUGAAAUGCAAGAACAAAAAGCUAAUGAUACAAGAAAAGGGAGCAAGGAUAAAGCAGCAGAAGUAAGCGCUUGAAGUGUCAUUGAAGCAUAACUUUCUUGAGAUUAUCCUUUUGUAACACCUUAAAUGAGUAUGUGGAUCAUUCCAUAAGUUUGAUUAUCCGUUUGGAUUCUGGAAACUGUAGCAUCAGUCUGUUUUACUGAAAUUUUGUCUAGGACUUCCAUCUUAAGAUGUCAACAAUUGUUUUAGCAAGAGAAAUGGGUUGCUGUUUUAUUUCGUCUUAAAAUAGUUGAAAAAUUGCUGCACUCUGUUUGUUGUGAGCAUGUUAUUGAACAGUGUUUUUCAGUUGAACAUAAUAUGGCACGAAAAACUCAGAACAUGGUUUGUCUGCUUAUCUGUUUACAAUAAUAUGAAAUUCAUUUCAGCUUA